GUUAAUUAUAACUCUGACCUAACUGCCCUGUGACUCCACAGCCAGGCCAGUGCUGCCCAGGAGACUCAGCAACCAGGUCCAUGACUCAGCCAUGCUCCCUGUGGAGGUGCCCCUGUCCCACCUGGGCCCCCCAAUACUGCUUCUGCUUCAGCUGCUGUUCCCAACAUCUGCCUUCUUUCCCAACAUCUGGAGCCUCCUGGCUGCCCCUGGCUCUCUCACUCACCAAGACCUGACUGAGGAGGCUGCACUCAAUGUCACCCUCCAGCUCCUUCUGGAGCACCCACCCCCAGGCCGGCCACGCCUUCGUCUGCAGGACUACAAGGGCCGGACCCUCCUUGCCGAUGACAUCUUUGCUGCCUACUUUGGUCCUGGGUCUCCUUCUCGGCGGUUCAGAGGUGCUUUGGGAGAGGUGGCUCGUGCCAAUGCAGCCCAAGACUUCCUGCCAGCUUCCAAGAACAAUCCUGACCUGCACUUUGAUGCUGAAAGGCUGGUCCAGGGGCGCACACUCCUGGUGGGGGCUCUGCGGGAGACCCUGGUGGCUGCCAGAGCCUUUGAGCACACGUUGGCCCGCCAGCGCCUAGGGGCUGCCCUUCAUGCCCUGCAGGAUUUCUAUAGCCACAGCAACUGGGUGGAGCUGGGGAAGCAGCAACCACACCCUCACCUCCUCUGGCCAAGACUGGAGCUCUGGAGCCUGGCACAAGUGGGGGACCCUACCUGCUCUGACUGUGAAGAGCUGAGCUGCCCUGGGAAUCUGCUGGACUCCACACUGCUCACCUCUGGCUACUUUGGAAUGGAUCCCCCCAAACCUCCAGGGAAGUGUAGCCAUGGGGGCUAUUUUGACCAGAGCAGCUCCCAGCCCCCCCGGGGAGGCAUCAACAAGGACAGUACAUCUCCACGCUUCUCCCCACACCACGCGCUGCACCUCCCGGCUGCAGAAGUGGCCCUCCUAGCCUCCAUUGAGGCCUUCAGCCUCCUGCGGAGCCGCCUGGGAGACGGGGGUUUCUCCAGGCUGCUAGACAUCACGCCAGCCUCCAGCCUGAGCUUUGUCCUGGAUACCACAGGCAGCAUGGGUGAGGAAAUCAACGCAGCCAAGAUCCAGGUGCGCCGCAUCAUGGAGCAGCGGCAAGGCGGCCCCAUGGAGCCCAGUUUCUACGUCCUGGUGCCCUUCCAUGACCCAGGGUUCGGCCCCGUCUUCACAACCGGUGACCCUGACAGCUUCUGGCAGAAACUCAACGAGAUCCAGGCCUUGGGAGGCGGAGAUGAGCCAGAGAUGAGUCUGUCUGCCCUGGAGCUAGCCCUGCUGCACACACCUCCACUCUCAGACGUCUUCGUCUUCACUGACGCCUCCCCCAAGGACGCCUUUCUCACCAACCGGGUGGAGUCUCUGAGUCGGGAGCGGCGCUGCAGGGUGACAUUCCUAGUGACUGAAGACCCAUCGAGGGCUCAGGGCCGAGUGCGGCGGGAGGCCUUGUCGCCUUCGCGGUUUGAACCGUAUGAAGCAGUUGCCCUGGCGUCGGGAGGAGAGGUGAUCUUCACCAAAGACCAGCACAUCCAGGAUGUGGCAGCCAUCGUUGGGGAGAGCAUGGCUGGCGGUCUGGUGACUCUUCCCCUGGAGCCUCCCGUCUUCAUCCCUGGGGAGACUCGUGUGUUUGCUGUGGACAGGCUCCUCCGGAACGUCACAGUCCGGAUCCACGGGGACAUCAGUAGCUUCUGGAUCAAGAGCCCUGCGGGGGUGUCCCAGGGUCCAGAGGAGGGCAUAGGUCCUCUGGGUCACACUCGCCGCUUUGGACAGUUCUGGACAGUGGCCAUGACUGACCCCCCUCAGACAGGGUCUUGGGAGAUCCAGGUAGCAGCUGAGGGAAGGCCCCGGGUGAGAAUACAAGCCCAGACCUCUCUGGACUUCCUCUUUCACUUCGGGAUCCCUGUGGAGGACGGACCCCACCCUGGCCUCUACCCCCUGACUCAGCCAGUGGCAGGUCUCCAGACCCAGCUACUGGUAGAAGUGACAGGACUCCUCUCUAGACAGAGCCCUGAGGCCAGCCGGCCACACUUUUCCCACGUUGUCCUUCGAAGGGUCCCCGAGGGCACUCAUCUGGGCCGGGUGCCCUUGGAGCCUGUGGGACCCCCUGAGCGAGGCCUCCUUGCUGCCUCGCUGCCACCCACACUGCUGUCCGGCUCUGCACCCUUCUCCCUGGAGCUGCUUGGCCAGGACGGAGGGGGGCAGGUCCUGCGCAGGACUGCCGCCCAGCCUUUCUCUGUGGCUCCUGUGCUCCUGGAGCUCAGUGGCCCGCCAGGCUCCCUGGCUCCUGGCAGCAAGGUCCCUCUCAGCCUGCAUGUCGCCAGCUUCUCUGGCCCCCAGGAUCUUGAUCUUAGGACGUCUGUCAACCCUAGCUUCUCGCUCACCUCCAACCUCUCCAGGGCUCGCCUGGGGCUGAACGAGUCCGCCUGGGGACGCCUGUGGCUGGAGGUCCCGGAUUCAGCAGCCCCUGACCGUGUGGUGAUGGUGACUGUGACUGCGGUGAGCCAAGGAGCCAGCCCAGGGCCCCCGACCCAUGCCUUCCUCCGGCUCCUAGUGCUGGCCCAGGCCUUGCAGGAUCCCCAGGAUCAGCUGGAGACCCCUGCCUCUGCUGGCCGGGUGCUGCCUCCAGCCACCCCUACCCUGCUCUCUUCAACUUUGGUGACUCAGGGCAGAGCUGGGGGAGGGGUGGUCGGGAGAGCCUGGUGGGGGACAGUUGGAGGGGCACUGUUCCUGCUAGGCUGCUCAUCCUGGUGACACACAGCCCCUCAGGGACUCCUUUCAGCAGCCCUGUAGGUGGGAUGUCACAUGGCCUCAGGGCCCUGCCCUCCUGACUGCAUCGGGACUUUCUUCUAUCACAUGUGCACACUUGUCCCUUUGCUUCUUUUUUUCCCAAGACAGGGUUUCUCUGUG